UAUGCUUAAAACUUUCUUUAGUGAAAGUUCAUACUUACACCUUUUUGUGUUUUAAACCUCGUUUCACUUGCUUAUUUUAAGCUUGUGGAGGCUUUCUUAAACUGCAUUUUUUUCGUAGUAUCAAAGACAACGUAACUAUCCAAGAUGAUUGAUGCAGUGGCAGGACCCAGAGCACAGCCCUUUGCAGUUCAGCUGAAGGCCCUGACAGAUCUGGAGGGCCGAUACCAACCAAAGCUGAGCGGCUUGAGGCUUAUAGAGAGCGCUCAGGACAACGGCCUCAGGAUGACAACCAGACUGAGAGAGCUGGAGGUGAAGGACCUGCUCUCUCUGACCAGGUUCUUUGGGUUCAGCUCAGAGACCUUCUCGCUGGCCAUCAGCUUGCUGGAUCGAUUCCUCUCUGUAAUGAAGAUCCAGCCGAAGCACCUGUCCUGUGUGGGCCUUUGCUGCUUCUACAUUGCUGUGAAAUCCUCGGAAGAGGAGAAGAACGUGCCUCUGACCAGUGACCUAAUCCGCAUCAGUCAGAAUCGUUUCACUGUGUCUGACAUGAUGAGGAUGGAGAAGAUCAUAAUGGAGAAGCUCUACUGGAAGGUGAAGGCCCCCACAGCCCUCCGCUUUCUCCGCCUCUUUCACAGCCACAUCCAGGAGCAGCUCGACGCUGAGAGCAAGAAGAUACUGAGCCUUGAGAGACUGGAGGCGCAGCUGAAAGCCUGUCACUGCUCAUUUGUCUUCUCCAAAAUAAAGCCCUCUCUGCUCGGCAUGGCUCUCCUGUGCUUUGAGGCUCACGAAGAGCAUGACCCUGAGCAUGUUGACGGCAUAUCCGAGGCCCUGAAAAGUCUGCAGCAGCAGCUGAAUAUCAAAGAUGGGGACCUGGUCUGUGUGCGGGAGUUAGUUGGAAAAUGCUUGGCUGAAUACGCCACUACCAAGUGCUCCAAGCCUAACUGUCAGAGACUUCGCUGGACUAUUUCAGGAAGAACUGCACGUCAGCUGAAGCACAGUUACUACAAGAUCACUCAUCUUCCCACCAUACCUGAGUCAGCUUGUUAAAACCGGGGCGUACAAAUGGGUGACCUUAACUGCCGAGAAAGAUAACUGUCCCCAACGUUACAUCCUUGUUCUCUGACUGAGAUGUAACUUUUGGGUGAUUUGCUCACAGUAUGGUCACCCACUUCCAGCUCUGCUCCUUACAGAUCUUCAUCUGUGAUGAUGGAUUUCUUUAAGGAAAAACUAAAAAGUCACCAUUUUUCAGUUUGUCAUCAUACAUUAAUCAGACACUGUAUUUACUGACCCAGUGACAAAAAGUUUCACCUACUGCCAUCCUGCCAAGUUUUACUUUCCUGGUUGAGUUACUUGCACAGGUGUAUAGUAUGUUCUUGUUUAAAUCCGUACCAAGGUGUUUGGUAUUUCCUGGAACGGGUUGCUGGUUUUAAGCUAAGAAGUAUAGAACCACCUAGGUCCUCAGUCCACCAUGUGGAAGAGGAGGGAGAAGGAUUUUGUGAACAGCAAAAAAGGAACCAAGAAAUCGGGCCCAAAAUCCUUAACUCCCACCCUAGGUUGCUAAACUGUCCUGAAUGCACACUCCUACCCAAGGUGAUGAUUUUUUUUUCUUUGAUGUGGUGAGGGAGCUCUGGUUUGCACCAGAAAGUGACGCUAGUUAUGAUCCUGUCAUGUAUGGCUAACCACUGUUUGAGCUGAAAUAUCAUCAGCGGUUCUUCAUUUGCGGACACAGAGUGAAGCACCACAAGUACUAACUGAUUUCAAUUGUCAGUUGUGCAGAGAACACUAAAUAACUGGUCAUUGCAGUGGAAAUGUGGAUUGGAUAUUGCAUUUUCUUUGCCAGUUUCCCUGUCUAGUAGUUUUCUAUUAGUGACAACAAAUAAAUGUGUUCUCAAAUUCAAAAUGGCUGAUUGAAUACACCAUCUGAUUAACCUAUGUUUGUGUACCUUUCAAUAAAACUUUAUUGAAAAGCUA